AUCAAUUUUGAAGACUUGACGGUUUGGAUCAGACAACGCGGUGAGUCUUGACAUCAGAUGCCGCUCGCGUAUGCACUAUCUUGUCUUUUCUCUUCAUAGACGAUCGUGGCAGUCUACUUUAACUCGUCACCGUCAGAGGACCUAUUCCUCUCUCUCUGGCAAUAAAAGCCUCGUCAAUUUCGCGAAGCAAGCUUCCCUCAUCACAAAGGAUCCUGUAUGGGGUCUCGUUUCCCAACUGAAACGAGAGCGUGAAGACGAACAAAUACACAGUGCUUUGGAGAGCUGUAACAUAUCAUUACUCGACUAUGUUCUUUGGAAACAUGUGGUACAUUCACCCAACUUGAACGCGGCAAUCUCUGCAAUAGAGCAGAAACAGGACCUUGCAGGUCAACUUCCUGCAGACGUUUCUGUCAAUGCCCAUCAGCAGCUUCCCGCGUGGGUUGCUUUCUCCUUACUCUGUCACAAAGUUCGGACUGCGCAGGAUGCGCAAGACGGUCUGUUACGCCUUGCAUUUGAGCACUCGUGGUCCCUUGGCUCUAAAGACCGCCCUGCAGUAUUGAUUCUGUCCACACACGCGUUGGCUCACUUCGACAUUCUUACCCCGAUGCGUAAAAUCGUAAAGCAGUUCCUCACACGCGCGAUUCAGUUUCCUACAUUUCACUUCAACUCCCUCCUCCGCGGCCUUUCUGGUUUCACUCGCUCAGAAGAGACUGCCAACCUUGCUGUAUCUCUACUCGAGGCAAUGUCAGCGCGAGGGGUGCCAUUAUGGCUUGAAACCUACAGGUCGUUGAUGCGGGAUCGCUUUGUCACUCUUCAGUUGACCAAAGUACUCCACGCGAAGAUGACCCAUGAAGGAGUUGUGCCAACCGCAGAACAUUUAGAGGCCUUCCUUCGCGUCUUUUCCAAACAUGGAGCCAUCCAGGAUUCACAGGAAUAUCUCCGAGCUAUCCGUCAAUACUGUAUAGAGCAUAAUCUAACAGUACCCCACGGGCCGGAUGUACACCUCAGUGGUGCUGAUCUCUCAGGGACAACACAUCCUGCAAAUACGCUAUAUAUCGGGUCUUUGCGGCAUGACCGUGUUUCUGCGUUUCACUACCUCCACACACUUCUCCAACUUGACGCUGCCCGCAGCCCUAGACCCGUCACGUCCGUCCCGGGGCCUCUGUCUCGCCACGCAUCCACAAAGUUCUGGUCUGGUGCAAAGGCCAGCGUGGACAUCUUUGAUUGGACCACUGCACUCAUUUCCGCAGCAAACGACAACCAGACCUCCGCAUCCACACUUAUCACGCUUUUCGAGCGCGCACGCGAACGAACGAAGCAGUUCAGGCCCACGGUUGUCACGUAUACCGUCGUGCUUCGUGGCUUACUUUUCCGAGGAGCUUUCGAUGAAGCUCUGAGGGUAUGGAACGAGCUGCUCGAUUCGGAUAUUACGCUUGAUCGCAAGGCGCUGACUGUGGGUGUGCAAGUCCUCACUCGUGCAGGGCACCCGCAGGAUGCCUUAUACCUGCUGAAUUCGUUCAUGGACGCUCAGCGCACCUCCCCGGAUCCAGCGUCCCUUCCAGAUGACAAGGACGUCGCUCCAACCCCCCACCACUGGGUAAACAUCAUCGUCAUCAACGAGUUCAUGGCCUCCCUACUGCGCAUUCGCCGCCCAGACGUCAUCUUCCAGUUAUGGGACCAUCUUGAACAGCUCUAUUCCGUGCUCCCAAAUGAAGUCACGUUGACCAUCCUCCUCAAAGCUGCCGUGCUCGCAACCAAGAUGGAUAAUGAGUCCGUGCGGGGAACAUUUGCGCACUUGUUUCACGCGCCUACAGUAGAGUCCAGUAGCCCUAUCGAUUCGAUCAUGGAAAAGCUCCAAUCCGUGCAUCCCCCAUCAGUCGUCGGGAUCUGGAGGGACCGUCGCGCGGGUGAUGUAGCUCGAGACCUUUUCCGCUCUGUGAUGUAUGGAAAUUGGAGGCAGCUCCUAAAGGUAAAGGCACCCGCCUCCGUCGUGCAUUCUAAGGACGCCGAGGCUACCCCUUUUCACCCGUUGAUGGAACUAGCCAAAAGUUUUGCAAUGCCGUUCUCCACGCGUAAGGACUGUGAUGCGGAUGCCCAUUCUCCCGAAAAGAAGCCAUACCAAUCCUAUCCAUCCAUCGUACCCACCGACUCAACCUUCUCGGCCUAUAUCCAGCUUCUCGGCCUCACAGGACGCGCGUCAGAGAUUUCGCUUGCACUCGCCUGGAUGCGCGCGUUGCAAAUAAAGCCCUCGCGGAAGACAUUGUCUAUCGCGCUCGUGUUCUGGGCCGAAGUGUCCCUGCGCGGUCCAAUGUUUGAGGAGUGGGCGGAACGACGAAAUAGGAGGGAGAGUGAAUAUGGGCGGCUGGUGAUGUGGAUGACUGAGUGGGUCGGGGAGGAGGCUCCGACAGAGUGGGACGUGCAAAAGGCGUUGAGAGCGGUGGCUAAGAUGAGAGACAGUUCUUUUGGUCGAUCGUGAUUAAGCAUUGAUAUUAAGCUCUGAGACACCUCUUGUCUCACAACCAUACAUGCACAUCACUAGUUGGCAGAUUGUCUGUAAGCUUGAC